AUUUAUAUUUGCCCCGCAUUUGAAAAUAUUCAACCCUUAUUAUUUGACAGGCGUCAAAUGUUCAGAAGUGCAUAAAGUGUGACAUGAAACAUGACUAUAUUAUUAUGUAGAAUGGAGCUAACAAUUAUGUUAGCCAAUUUAAUAGUUCUUUUAGCGCAUUUAACCGUAUCUACUACGAAUCAGUUUGUUGAGAAAGGUGCUAGUGGUCAACCGUUACCAAAGGCAGCCACAUUUCACUUUCCGGAAUAUGCAUACAAGGAAACAAGCAAAAAUGAAAUUAUAUACCACGAAUUCGAGACUUCAUGCGAACGAAAUACUUUAUGCGAAAAUCUGGAGGGUGUUGUGAAAAAAUCAUGUGUUCGGCGAUGUAUCUCUUAUACCUGCUACCAAGACAUCUACGGAUUUGAUGAUCUGGAGGAGGGUGAAAUCGAUGUUCGACUGAAUUCUUUUAAAGGCUGUGUCAUCCAACGUACUGGUAAAAAUCAUCGCCGAUAUCCCGGUAAUCAGAGGUUAUUAUUACAGCGCUUCGAUUUUGGAGAAUUUUUUUUCAAUAUGAAAUGGAAAUUAACUAACUAUUUUAAAAACUUUCUUUAGUUAUUCAUAAAUAAUGAAGAGUAAUGUUUUAAGGAGUUCUCUUUGAAAUAUAGUACCUAUAUAUAAGCAUAUGUAAAUAUACAUGAGCAUUUGUACAUAUUUUUACUAAAUUGAAAACUAGAAGUAAUGUCUGAAUUUCUGUUCGGUUAAAAAGUAUUUUGAAUUACCAUCAAAAUUAUUUGCGAAAUUAAUACCCGUUUUCCUGCAAUUCUUUAAAGUUUCAUUCGCACCCAGCAAGAAACAUCUCUAUUAGUGAAACUAGUGGUUCCCGCGUCGCGCAUCACUUCAAAAAUAUUUCAUCUACCAUACAUACAUAUGUGCAUAUGAUAUGUAUAUACUGGGUGAUCUAAAAAGUUGUCCUGGAUACUUAGAGACGGCCAUUAUCAGCACGUACACUAUAAAUUGGAGGAGGAACCUGGCCAAACACCUAACAGAAAUGUACGUGCCAUUUAUUUAUUUGUAUGCCAUUUUAGCUAUUCAAAAAGGUGGAGUGGAGUAGUGGAGGGCAACAUUUGAUAGAAAAAAAAAUUAUAAAAAUACUAGCUUUAACCCGCGGCCCCGCUCGCGUAGGAUUAGUUUUGAGGGAUUUAGGAUAUGUAUAUAAAAGAAGUACAAACAAUAAUUUCUGACGAGUGUCGCCCGCAAACAUUUUCUGUGCCAAUCGACAUUGACGGGCUAUGCCCGCCGCAUAUUUAAAUGUUUCAAAAGCAGUAGUAGUAAAUUUAAUAAACUUAAAAACAACCGUUAUAAUAUUUUAGUUUUAUUUUCUGAUAACACCCGCACAGAGUUGCAUUAAAAU